AUGGCAGCCUUUCAGCCUUUGCUUCUGCUGCUUCUCAUCCUGACUGCAUCAUUUGCCAAUGAAAAUCAACCUAUAGUCUACACCAAAUACGGACGCGUUCGAGGGAGGGUCAUGAAAGUUCUGGAUGGAUAUAUUCGUGUAUUUCUUGGUAUUCCAUAUGCACGUCCGCCUGUUGGAUCUUACAGAUUCAUGCCUCCGACUCCGAUGCCUAAAUGGGAACAUGUGAAAGAUGCCGGUGCAUUACCAAAUUCCUGCUACCAGAUACAUGAUACCACCUUUCCAGGGUUUGAAGGUGCGGAGAUGUGGAAUCCAAACACCCCUGUGAGUGAGGACUGUCUGUACUUGAAUGUUUGGGGCCCUGACUACAAGACCCCCACACCCAGACCGGAAGAUCGUGUUCCUGUAUUAGUUUGGAUAUAUGGAGGUGCCUUUGUGUCAGGAACAUCCACCCUGAAUGUCUACCAAGGCCACUUCUUGUGUAAAUCUCAGAAUGUUGUUGUGGUAUCUAUGAAUUACAGACUGGGGCCACUUGGAUUUCUAGCUAUUAAUGGAAACCAACAUAUCCGGGGAAAUCAAGGUCUACUGGAUCAGCGUUUGGCACUUAAAUGGGUGGUGGAUAACAUUGCUGCAUUUGGAGGUGAUCCUAAAAAGAUAACAAUAUUUGGGGAGAGUGCUGGGGCAGCAUCUGUGGGGUUCCACCUGGUCUCUCCAGGCAGCCAGGGCCUCUUUCAAAGGGCUGUGAUGCAGAGCGGCGCCCCUAAUGCAGCAUGGGCCAUAGCGACUAAAAAUGAGAUAUAUGAAAGAGGCAUCAAACUAGCACUAUUGAUAGGCUGCCCUGUGAAUAAUCCUCAUCGUAUGGAAUAUUGUUUGCAGGAUGCAUAUGUUGGAGAAAUAGUAAGGCUGCAAUAUGAAAAGCUUGUACCGCUUUCACUUUUGCCCUAUCCAUUUGUCCCACAUAUUGAUGGAGACGUCAUACCAUCUGACAUAGAAACGUUGCUAAACCUCACUUCUCUUCCCACAAAAGAGCUGUUCAUCGGCUUGAAUAAAGAUGAAGGAACCUUCUUUCUUUUUUAUUCCAUGCCUGGUUUCACUCUCAAGGGUGAAAGUUUAAUCAACAGGAAUAUCUUUAUGGAUGGUUUACCACUAGUGGUAAACUCAAGUAAGAUUGUUACAGAAGCCGCAAUUCUUGACUACACUGAUUGGCGAGAUGAAUUCAAUACGAAGUCCAACCGUGAUGAAUUAGCUAAGAUGGCUGGAGAUUCGCUGUUUGAUUGUCCUGUAUUGAACUUUGCUACCAGGUAUGCAGAACGUGGUGGUAAGACCUUUUUUUAUUUUUUUGACCAUGUGUCAUCCAAAAAUCCCUGGCCAAAAUGGGCGGGUGCUAUGCAUGGCUACGAGAUAGAAUUUGUCUUUGGGAUGCCUCUGAAUCCUGUCUUGAAGUACCAACAGGAUGAAAUUACUUUGGCCAACAAGACUAUGCAGCACUACGGCGACUUUGCCCGGACUGGAAAUCCAAAGUUUAAAGGAGGUGAUUGGCCGUUGUUUAAAGCGAACACUCAGGAGUAUCUCAGUUUGAAUGACGACAGUACAGGAGUAAAGAAGAUGUUAAAAGCUAAUGAGUGUCAUCUGUGGAACAAUUUGUUUCCUAAAUUACAGAACAUGUCAGGUGAGACACACACUAACAAAUCCCUCUACACCAGGGGUCCCCAAGCUAUGGCCAGUGGGCUGGAUCUGGCCUGCCUCCUCAUUUGGUCUGGCCCCUUGAACAAUACCAGAGAG